AUGCUGCCGUUAUUACAUUCAAGCAGCCGAAGAAAACCAUCUCUCCACUGUCCGGUGUUCCUCAACUUGGCCUCUCUCAACACAAUGGACAUCCAGCGAGAGAGCCCCAAUUCCACUUUCAUAAUGCCUACUCGCCAGAGUAAUACUCAAUCCGCCCUUGCCCGCAUUGAUAAGUACCUCGAAGACACUCUCGAGACUGUGCUGAACCAACUCGCACUCUCCGAAGAUGACCAGAACCAGGACGCAACAAUCACCCUGAAACGAAGAGCAGCAAAUGCGACUACUAUCUUUCGUAUAGAUCCCUCGACAGGUGCACUCGGAAGCAUUCGGGCAGAUACGACUGUCACAUACUCGUUUCCAGGAAAGGAUGGGUACGAAGCGUGGAGAUUCACUAUUGCUCUUCGCAUUCUUUCUGCCAUACGCGAAGCUGUGAAAGCCGGACUGGCGAUCUCGAUAAGAGAUAUAUACUACAGUGAUCCGGAAUACUUCGGGUCCCAGGGUGUUGUGAGCCGGUUUGUUGAUGAUCUGGCGCUCACGAUUGGCGUUGAAAGGUCUGACUUGAACGUGGAAGCCGCCGCGAAGGGCCUGGUAACGGGAUACUAUCAGUCAACAGUGGCAAGAGAUGGUAUCGUUGGUGAGCGAGAAUCAACGAAGGAUUGUCUUAUACCACGGGUGCAAGACCUAGAGGACCUUGAUAUUCCAGACGUUGAUUGGAUUUUAAUUAUCGAGAAAGAAGCUGUCUUCCGAAGACUCGCGCGCAGCAACUUCCACAUCCAGUCCACAACUGGAAAGGGGAUCCUGGUCACAGGGAAGGGCUAUCCAGACCUCAGAACCCGCGCGUUCAUCCACAAGAUCAUGGAACGGAUACCGCCAUCACGGUCUGGCCGACCUCCGCACUGCUACGCUCUUGUCGACGGUGAUCCAGAUGGAAUGGCUAUCAUGUCUACAUACAAAUAUGGUUCAAUGGCGCACACACACGAGAAUUGGAAACUGAAUAUUCCAUCUUUGCGCUGGCUAGGGCUACGUACGUCGGAGGUGGUCGAGAGUUUAGGACCUGACGGCGACGAAGCACUGAUGUCUCUGACACGGAGGGAUCGGAGGAAGAUUGUUUCAAUGUUGUCAAACAAUCCAGUGUGGGCGGUUGAUGGGCCUGAGCUAGAAUGGCGAGUGGAGUUGCAGCGCAUGCUCAUGUUGAAUGUGAAAGCUGAGGUUGAGAUAUUGUAUGACCGGGAAGAUGGACUUGAAAAGUGGAUUGAUCGGGAAAUGAGGCGGUAG